AUGUCGAGGGAAUAUCAGGAUGUGCUCCUGAAUCAGCCUAUAGUCAUCGACAAUGGAUCUGGUGUAAUUAAAGCUGGAUUUGCUGGAGAUGAGCAACCAAAUGUUGGAAGGCCGAAACAUGUACGAGUCAUGGCUGGUGCUGUGGAGGGCGACACAUUCAUAGGAAGGAAGGCUACUGAUUUACGAGGACUGCUACGGUUACGAUAUCCAAUAGAACAUGGCAUCGUAACAGACUGGGAUGAUAUGGAAAGGAUAUGGCAGCAUGUCUAUACAGAAGAACUCAAAACCUUAUCAGAAGAACACCCUGUAUUGCUGACUGAAGCACCAUUGAAUCCGCGUGCCAAUCGAGAACAGGCUGCUCAGAUAUUCUUUGAAACAUUCAAUGUGCCGGCUCUCUUCAUGUCUGUACAAGCUGUACUGGCACUAUACGCAUCAGGAAGAACAACAGGAAUAGUCCUAGAUGUAGGAGAUGGUGUCACGCAUUGCGUGCCAGUAUAUGAAGGAUUUGCCAUUCCAAACGCUGUGAGACGCAUUGAUUUGGCUGGACGAGAUGUGACAGAGCAUCUCCAGCUCCAACUACGAAAAGCUGGACACUAUUUCUACACAUCUGCUGAAAAGGAUAUCGUAAGAACCAUCAAGGAAAAGACAUGUUACAUAGCAUUGAAUCCAGCCAAAGAAGAAAAGGAAUUAGCUGGUAGACUGGAUGACUUCACUUUGCCCGAUGGCAAUGUGUUGAAACUAGGAGCAGAGAGGUUUAGAGCACCAGAGAUUCUGUUUACACCGGAAUUGGCUGGACUCGAGUAUCCUGGUAUUCAUCAGUUAGUAGUCGAUUCCAUCAACAAGGUGGAUUUGGACUUGCGAAAGUCAUUGUAUGGGAAUAUUGUCAUGUCUGGUGGAUCUACGCUUUGCAAAGGAUUCGGUGAUCGCUUGCUGAAUGAAAUCAAAAAGCAGGCAGUGAAAGAUAUCAAGAUAAAGAUAUUUGCACCACCUGAACGUAAAUACUCUACCUGGAUUGGUGGAUCUAUAUUGGCCUCAUUGAGCACAUUCAAAAAGUUGUGGAUUUCUGCUGAAGAGUAUAAUGAAGAUCCCGACAUCAUCCACAAGAAGAUGUUGUAG